CCUUAGAGGUAUAGAAUAGAUAACUUCUUACGUAUGGAUGCGAGCACCGCAGACCGAGCUCCUUCUCUUGCACCAUCAUGUCGGAGGGCACCGGACAGUCGACGAUGAGCGAGUCGAGCAAGAAUUCCGUGGAGUUGGCGACGCGCACGCCGCUGCCUCAGUCGACUUCGACGUUGUAUCUAACACAUACGAGGGACGGUGACUCGAGCUCUGUUACUGAUUCUGAGGAGGAAAGAAGGUCUUCCGAGUCAUCGAUACCAACCUGGGCUUCCUCGCAGCUACCGCCCAUGGAUGGAGGAUUCGGGGCUUGGUCUUUCCUCGCAGGCGCCUUCAUGGUUGAGACCAUCGUAUGGGGCUUCCCCACAUCCUACGGAACUUUUUUAGACGCAUACCUGGAUGAUCCACGCUUCAAAGCGCAGAAGAAUGCGACGUCGCUUCUUGCUCUGGUCGGCCCUGUAGCAUCUGGGAUCAUGUACUGUGGUUCGCCCGUCAUAAACCCAAUAGUGGCGCGUCACCCGCGAUACCGCCGUCCGCUCAUAUGGUUGGGGACGUGCUUGUGUUUCCUGAGCCUGUUCAGCGCCAGCUAUGCGAAAACGGUUGCCCAGCUUGUCGCAUUACAAGGCGUCAUGUACGCCCUUGGAGGGUCGAUGAUCUACGCGCCCACGAUCUGCUAUAUGUCCCAGUGGUUUUCUGUUCGUAGGGGUCUUGCUAACGGUGUUAUGUUCGCCGGAACAUCGCUUGGAGGUAUCGUCCUUCCUCUCGUCUUCCCGCCCCUCCUCUCCCGGUUUGGCAUAGCGACUACGCUGAGGAUCUUUGCGGGCGGCAUACUCGCUCUAUUGAUACCUCUGCUACCUUUCAUUAAGGGCCGCAUCCCUGAUGCACUUAGCUCGCCCAUUCAUGGCCCUCAGCCAAGGAACCGUAAGGAAUGGUACAAAGAGCGCGCUUUCCAAUUCCUCCUCGCUACGAAUACCCUCCAGGCAUUCGGGUACUUCGUGCCGCUGGUCUGGCUACCAACGUUUGCGAGCGCAUUGAACCUGAACGCUAGUCGUUCGUCGCUGACGUUGGCUUUACUCAACGCUGCCUCGGUAAUUGGUCGUCUCUCUAUGGGCAUCAUCUCCGACCGUUUCGAUCCUUGGGCGAUUGCUUUCGGCACCUUACUUCUGACGUCCUUUGCUGCCUUCGUCCUGUGGGGCGUGCUCUCGCACACGUUUGCGGGGCUUGUCGUAUUCGGCAUCGUUUACGGCGCGUUCUCGGGUGGAUGGUCGACGCUCUGGACCGGCUUCCUUCGGCCUAUUGCCAAGGAUGACCCUAACUACUCGACGACGCUCUUUGGCUGGCUCUUGCUAACCCGCGGACUCGGCAACAUACUCUCAACUCCAAUAUCUACCGCGCUCGAGAAGCAUGUUGCGGGCAACAACAAUUCUACGCUCGACCUCGGAUUCCAUGUCGCAGGCGGUCGCUUCGAAAAGAUGAUUGUGUAUACGGGCACAUGUUUCGCUGCUGCUGCUACUGUCGUCAUUAUUGGGUGGGUCGUGGAGAAGAAGAAGCGGCUGUCAACGACUAGUACAGAGCUGUAGAUAUUUCCGAUGUGCAACGCCUCUACUAGGACGACCGAGUAGAAUGAUAUUGAACAUAGCCUCUCGCCUUCAACUUUC